AUGUCGGAUUCCUCUGACUCGGGAGACGAAUCAUGCUCGACCUUGUUGGACUGCCCACAAGAUUUCGAACUACCUGCUGCUUCUUAUGGAACGUUUCCCACCCAAAAGGAUGCAUCAUCGCAGAGACAAAGUCAACCAUUUCAUCGAAGCUGGGCCGCAGGGCCUUGUAUGAAGUCUCCGCAGCUCUACCUUGUGGAUACUGAAGGAACCACCCACAGAUACAGAUUAGUUCCAGCAGAUAUUGAGGUCGACCAGAGACCAGCAUCUACUUCCUCUACUGAUCCCUCUUAUGAGAUAUCGGAAAGCAAGGAGCUAUGUGCUUGGGUGAUGUUCGUUAUUUUGGUGGUGGUGGGAUUCGUAUGUCUGACCUCUUCAGAUCCUCGACUGGGAUGGUCAGCUUAA